GAAGCAACAUGGUCAGAUCGGGAUGUCUCUGAAGAGCCAAUAGGACUAAUGAUUGAUCACUAUAAAGCCCCCCGGUUGCGUUUGGACUAUCUUUGGUCGACAGCCGCCAGGGGAGUGGUUCGCAAUCUCUCUUUUCCAUCUCUCCGCGCCCGAAGUUUCCAUCCCCCAUUUCUCUCUUCAACCUCCACGCAGCCCCAUUCCUCAAGACAUCCUGUUCGGCUUUGUUAACCUGGGGCUGCUCUUUCCCAAAUAUGGCAUUCGCCGCAAUAAAUUCAUCGGCUACCAAAAAGAUUCCAGCCAUUGAAGAUGCUUUCGCCGCCGAAACUUCUUUGAAGAAGCGAGUCUACGAUGCGAUCGUGACUACCCCACAAUAUAUACCUCUCUUCGAGGACAUUGCCAAAUAUACCUCGAGCCUGCUGGUCAGGAAUGCGAGCGCCCCCGUUCAGCCUGUAGAGACGCAUACAAACGGCCCUGCGGCGAAGAAGCGAAAGCUACAGAAUGGAGAUACUGCAGGACAGGCGCAAUCGUCAGGCGAUUUGAAAGCCGAUGCGCCCUUACAAUUCUAUAUGCAGGAUGUUUCCUUCGCUGUUCCACAACGGAAAAAGCUUACACUCGAAAUUACGGCCGGGCGCGGUUUUCUUCGCGCAAGGAAUCAGACAUCGAAGGUAGUGGAGUUUGGCAUCCACGUGGACAAAAUACAACAUGUCCUUUGCCUUCCUGUUCCGGAAAAGAAUCAGAAGCAGUUCAACUUCUGUAUUAUCCCUCAAUAUGGCGAUGGCAUAAAUUCACCACCGGAGGGCGAAACUGCCCCCGAGGCGAUGGUGUGGACGGUCAACGACGGCCCUCCCAAGGCGGCAUUCUCGGGCAAUGGAGAACAGAUGGGAAAUAACGAUGGCGAAACAGCUGAGAAUGUUGUUAGGCAAAUGCUGAAUGAGAACCUAUUGCAGACAAAGGUGGUACGUCCAGAUGAGAGGGAAUUUGUCAGUGCCAUGCCUGAAGCGCAUCGGAAGGGAGAAAAAGCGUAUCAUGUCAAGGCCUUCCGUGGCAGUAAGGAAGGCUAUCUCUUCUUCUUAUCCACAGGCAUACUAUUUGGAUUCAAGAAGCCCCUAGUCUUUUUUGCUUUCGAGAACAUCGACUCGAUCUCAUACACUUCUGUGCUCCAGCGAACCUUCAACCUUAACAUUGUGGCUCGGCCUACUUCGAGUGAUGAAACGCAAGAACUGGAGUUUUCUAUGAUCGAUCAGGCGGACUUUGCCGGUAUCGAUGCUUACAUCAAGAAGCACGGUCUACAAGAUGCUAGCCUUGCAGAGGCCCGACGUGCGAAGAGAUAUAAUAUUAAUGGAGCGAAGAUUGGGGAGGAAGGUGCUAUAGAUGCAGAGGGUCCUGUUGAGGAAGAAAGCGAGUUGCAAAAGGCGCAACGCGAGCUAGACGACGAGGAUGACGAGGAUGAAGAAGACUAUGAUCCCGGCAGCGAUGAUAGUAAUGAUGGUAGUGGUUCCAGCAGCGAGGAAGACUCCGAUGAGGACGGUGAUGAUGAUGAGGAGGAGGGGGAGGAAGAAGGGCGAGACGUUCUCGCAGAUGAGCUUGGAAGCGAGGCAGAGAAUGUUCCUGCUGACCAGCAGUGAUGGAAUACUUGUCAUACUUAAAGCACUGUACGAAAUACCGGACGCUUCAUGGUUGCGAUGUCAUAUUCAUCUCGGUGUAUUGAUCCUCUGCACGUAAGACCAGUCAAGCGUAGGUUGUUGAUGUUUCAUCUUGACCACCUUCGGCUUAUAUUUUUCAUCUCUCACUCUUCGUCCAGCAUGUAUCGAUGUGACACUCUACAGAUAGACCACAACUUCAGCAGCGCCCCUGCAGGAAACCAUGCACAUACAUCAUAAUCAGAUGUGAGGCC